AUGUCUUCAUUGAUGGCCACCGCCUCGCGGCUGAAGCCCGAUAUCCGCCUAGCGCAAGCCGUGUCCCAGUUUGAAGCUGAUCUUUCGAGUGAGCAUAAGGCUAUCUUCCAAGACUCCAGAUCUCAAGCGCGCAGUUCUCCUCCCGCCCAUCUCGACGUCCUCCGUCUGACCGCCGAAGUAGAUCGUCGCGCCUCUGGGAAAGUCGGCGGUGGACGUUGUUUUGGGCCCCGAUUCAUCAACCUAUUAGAAGCGGUCCAGCGAUUUGCGGCACUUGGGGAUGUCAUCGUGGGAGGCUCUCAAAACAUUAUUGCUUGUGGUGUAUGGUCUUUAGUUCGAAUGACGUUACUGUUUGCAGUCAGCUCAGCCUCUUACCUUGAGGGUUUGUCGCUACUCUUCAUGAAUGCUGGUCGUUCAGCACCUCGGUUCCAAGUCAUGGCACUACUUUAUCCGCAAUCGCGAGCUUUGCAAUCAAGCAUGUCUGAAUACUUUAUUGUAGUAGUCUCACUCUGUCAUCAAUUGUUGAAGUUCACUCAGAAAUCGGUCAUAGGACAGUUGAUAGCUUCUUUAAGUGACUCGGAUACAAAGAAGUACCAGUCAGAACUUGAAUUCCGGGCUACUUCCAUCAGGGCCGAAGUAAACUUGCUGAUUGGUCAAAAGGUUGAAGAAGAAUCUCUGGCAAAUACCCGAUUUAGAGCUUUUUCACUCAAAUCAUUGGAGCUUAUAUCUGCUCAGCGGUUAUUGAAGGCUAAACUACGAAUACUUGAUGCUUGCUCGACAUAUGACUAUGAAACUACAUGGAAACAGAUUCGAAAAGAGGGUAACACCACACUGUUUAAUGAAGCAGCUCAAUACGGGGUAUGGAAUCACCAGUCUACUUCCUCCACACUUAUCUAUACCGGCAGGCUAGGCUCCGGCAAGUCGGUUUUACUUGCAAAUAUUGUCGAGCAUCUGAAUCUUAGUGUCAAUGACGAAAACACUGCAGUUGCAUACUUCUUUUGUCAGCACGAUAUUUCGCAAAGCCUGGAAGCACGAACAAUCCUAGGGUCUUUGGCCAGGCAAAUAUUACGCCUUAUUCCGAAUCUUUCGUCAGCGGCAAAUUUGCUAUUCGACGAAACUUCUUUAGUAAUGGACCUUGAAAACUUACUGAAGCUUGUACACCAAUUGAUGCCUCCGGAACUCAAGGUGUAUUUUGUUUUGGACGGGGUGGAUGAAUGCAGUUCUGCCGUUAAAGAGAUUUUGGUUCGGGAGCUUCGCGGUCUCCAGGGGACGUUUGCUCUCCUUCUGUGUCUUUCUACGAGACUGGAGAUUAACAACAUGUUGGAAAUAGGAAAUUUCAGAGAUACUAGGAUAUGGCAUACCCCUGAAAACAACUUAGAUAUCGAGGCGUUCAUAGGAAGAGAGUUAGCGUACUGCCUAGAAUCCGGAAAACUUGCCAUUGGGAAUCCUGCUAUUAUAUUGGACAUACAAGACGCUCUCCUCGAAGGAAGCCAAGGAAUGUUUCUCUGGGUAGCCCUCCAAAUCAAAUCCUUGUGCCUUGAGAAGACGGACGAGGCUAUCCGCGAAGCUCUUGCAAAUCUUCCAAAGGAUCUGUCGGGGACUUUCACCCGCAUAUUACAGGGAACGGAAAGUUCAGGCAAUGGAUAUCAGAAACGUAUAUUACAGCUUCUCACAGUCGCGAAACGCCCUUUGACGACCGAAGAGCUCCGAGAAGCGAUAGGUGUCGUAAUUGGCGAUCCUACAUGGAAUUCCGCGACACUUGUCAAUGAUAUAUACUCAACGCUGUCAUGUUGCGGAGCUCUGGUGAUGGUCGAUGAAGAAGAAUUGACCGUGAGAGUCGUGCACCACAGCGUGACGCAAUUUCUAUUGAGUGGUUGUGAAGAUCGUGGUCCUGAAGAUACAUUGGACGUACCCUUUUCCUUGGAAAAUGCACAAACAUACAUGGCAGAGAUUAUUGUCACCUACCUGAAUUAUGGCGUCUUUGGUACUCAAUUAUCCUCUACCAGAGUCCCGCAACUGAUGACUGCAUCAGUUCCUUCUAACGUCAUUGCGUCAGCACUACAUUCGUCCCCUACUGCGCGGAAUAUUGCUUUGAAUCUAUUGCGGUCCAAAAAAAAGGCUAAUCGAGAUAUUGGAAGCACAGUUGCGGCAGCUAGCAAAUACUUCAAGUCACGCUCUACAGAAGAGUUCUGUUUUUACCAAUAUGCAAAAUCGCACUGGUACCAUCACACUCGGCAACUUUCACGCCAAAACACUGUCAUAAACAAUUUGCUGAUGCAACUUUUUACGCUAAAUUUGAUUGAGAUCAGUGCAAUGGACGAAGACUGGAAGUCAUCGCUUCUCUGGUGGGCUGUGCGAAAUGGUGAGACAGCCAUUGUUCAACUGUUAAUUGAUCAUGGAAACAUGAAAAAUAUCUUGGAAGACAUUGACCGGGUCAGAUCGCUCAUGUCAGUGGCGUCGAGGUACGAGCAUUUAGCAGUCGUGGAUGUUCUUCUUAGUUUGAACAAGUUCCCCGGCAGCACAAGAGUGUCAAGAGCCAGAAAUCAAAGAACGCCCCUGUCUUGGGCGGUAAUCAAUGGACAUGUUGCUAUUAUCAAGCUAUUGCUUCAAUCUCCACACUAUUCGGAAGUUAAUUGGUUAAAUGGAGAUGAUGAGACGCCACUUCAUUUGGCCGCGAAGCGUCGUAGCACAGCAGUUGUCAAAAUAUUGCUUGGAUGUAAUGGUGUUGAUCCUAAUUUGUCCGACAGAUUAGGUCGGACGCCGCUCCUCCUGGCCGCAAUACAUGGACAAAAAGAUAUCACAAAGCUUCUGCUCGAUACCUCGGGCGUUGAACCCAACUGCCAAGAUGAAGGAAACUGUACCCCACUAUUUUGGGCUGUGAAGAAUAACCAUAUAUCUGUUGCGCAGCUUCUACUCGAAUACGAUAAGACUGACGCUAAUUUGCCUGACAUGUCUGGCCAGACGCCGCUCUUUCAAGCUUUGAUGAACUCACAUACGUCCAUAACAACGCUUUUGCUCAACUCCUCAAAGGUCGAUUUUAAUUUCCAGGAUCGAUGCGGUUAUACACCACUUUACUGGGCUUUAGUAUGCUCCAGCAAAUAUUUUGACCUGAUCCUCGGGCAUAAGAACGUCGAUGCGAACAUAAAAGACCAUGAAGGCCUCACUCCCCUUUCGUAUGCUGUUAAAAUUAGAAGAAUGGACGCCGUCAGCUCACUCCUGAAAUCUGGUAAAGUUAAUGCUACCAUCAAGACUAACAGCGGUCGGACGCCGCUUCAAAUUGCGAUAGAUUUGCGUCACAAAAAGAUCACCAAAAUGCUGGAAGAUCACUUGGCUUUGAAUCACCCUGAAUAG